UUUUCACUCUUUUUUCUCUGCAUUGUUCUUGACGUAUAAUUACUGUAAAAUUAUCUCAGAAAAUUGAGAUAAAGAAAGCCGAAUUCGAACAACAUUUUACAAAUUGUAAAAUAAAUAUUAUGAACAUUUUCUAGUUUCCUGUUAAAAGAAAAAUUAAACUAAACGGCACUUAAAUAUACACACUCGGCGGCAUUAGGAAAAAUUGCCAAGGGAGCUCAGUAUUCUGCAAUGGCGGCAAUUAGCGAGGAAGCAACCCAGUCCCUCUCUUCCAGCUUCGAUCAUAUCUGUGACGAAUUUAAGAACGCGAUUGCAGAGAUUCAAACUUUGAACUCGAACUACAACGCAGAAGUGAAGAAGAGAGAUGCUCUUCAGUUUACAAUAAAAAACCUACAAUCUGAAAAUGAGCGGCUGAGAAAGAUUUAUACCAAUGUGUUUAACAAAAUGGGAGAUCAGAUUGAAAGCCAUACCAGUUGCCAAGUCUUGAAGGAUGAACUGAAAAAAGCUAAUGAUGAGCUCUCCCAGAAAGAAAAUGAAUUUAGGAUUGCUGUUGAGUCACUCAAACAAGAACAUGCAAUGAGGAUUCAACACUUGGAAUCUCAAAUCAGAGAGCUCCAGACUGAAAAGGUGGCAAGUGAAGCAAUUCGUAAUCAGCUUCACCAAGAUUUAACACUGCAUAAGAACCACAUAGAAGCUUUGGCAAGAAGAUUAGAACAAGUUUCUUCUGAUGUAGAGUCUAGAUAUUAUUAUGAGAUUCAGGGCUUGAGGGAUUGCCUCCUGGUUGAGCAAGAAGAGAAAAAUGAGGUGAACAAGAAGCUCCACGAUUUGGAAAAAGAAUUGCUUGUUAGCAGAAAAAAACUGGUGGAGUCCCAACAAGAUUUAACUUCAAAUCGACAUGUGGAAACACUGAAGCAGAAGAUUAUGAAACUGCGGAAGGAUAACGAGGUUCUUAAAAGGCAAAUCAUUGACAGAAAAGAGGGAUAUAGUAAUCACCCACCCGGAGUGUGUAUUCUGGAAAUUGAAGCGGAUUCGUAGUUUGGGCAGUUGUGAUUUUGUUCAUCCCAUACACUUUCCAUAAAUACAUAUAUAUUGAAAA